UAAGGAACCAACAUGCGCUGCGCACCCCGGAAGGCUGUGCUGCUGUUGACAAUAUGGCGCGGGCAGGAUCUGCGACCGGAGGAAGAAGAAAGUCUCAUCCAUGCUAGAGCUGCCGGGGUCCCACCUACCUGCAGAGCCCAGUGACCGGCGUCCCCGGCAUCCCGUGUCCUGGGGGAGGGGAGCCGGGGCGCCCCAGCAUGCGCUGAGUGAGCCGGGCAGAUCCGGGAGCCGGCGACGCCAUGUCCUUCUUCCGCAGGAAAGUCAAAGGAAAAGAUCAAGAGAAGCCAGAUGUCAAAAUAUUUAAAGAUCCAGUACCUACACCAGUACAUUCCCCAUCAAGAAGUCCGAAAAACAAUGCCUUACUGGAGGCUGCUGGACCAAGCCAUGUGGCUAUCAAUGCCAUAUCGGCCAACAUGGACUCUUACUCGAGCAGCAGGACGGCUGCCCUCAAAAAGCAGCCAACUCACAUGGAGGCUACACAUUUUGGGGACCUUGGUCGUUCAUGUCUGAAUUAUGAAUCCCAGGAUGCAAAGUCCAGCCUGUCCAAGACUCUGGAGCAAGUGCUUCAAGACAACGUGGCUCUCCCUUAUUUUAUCCAGUUUAUGGAACUCCGCCGAAUGGAACAUUUAGUCAAGUUCUGGCUAGAGGCUAAAAGUUUUAACUCCACUACCUGGUCCCGAAUAAGAGCGUACAGUUUAAACACAGUCAAGCACAGCUCUUUGGCAGAACCAGUAUCGCCUUCUCCAAGGCGGCCUGACUUGUCGGUAACACCACCACCUAUAUCUGUUAAUCAGCAAACCCAAGAUUGCUCUAAAGUUCCACAACACACAUCCAGGUUGAAAAGAUUGGAUCCCACAGCAAAGCAAAGCAGUGCUUCAAACUAUUUACAGACUAAACAGGAGAUAAAUAGUAGUCCUGCUAUUCAACUGGAACUGUCCAGCGAUGACACCUUAUCCCCCUAUGAGCAGUCUUCCAUGCUUAAUGCACCAAACAGAAACAGCCUGACACACGAAGGACUGAAAAACAUGUCACAGAAGUUAAUGAAAAGUAUAGAGCGGGAUGCUGUUCAUACGUUCACCAAAUACAUCUCUCCGGAUGCUGCUAAGCCUAUACCGAUCAGUGAGGAAAUGAGGAAUGAUAUUGUAGCAAAGAUCUGUGGCGAGGACGGCCAAGUGGACCCCAACUGCUUUGUUAUAGCACAGUCCAUAGUAUUUAAUGCCAUGGAACAAGAGCACUUUUCUGAAUUCUUGCGAAGUCAGCAUUUCUGUAAAUACCAGAUAGAGGUGUUGACCAGUGGAACGGUUUACCUGUCGGAUAUAUUGUUCUGUGAAUCAGCUCUCUUUUAUUACUCAGAGUAUAUGGAGAAAGAAGACGCAGUGAAUAUAUUACAGUUCUGGCUGGCCGCCGACAACUUCCAGUCCCAGCUUGCCGCUAAGAACGGGCAGUAUGAUGGGCAGGAGGCUCAGAAUGACGCAAUGAUCCUCUAUGAUAAGUAUUUUUCCCUACAAGCAACACACCCUUUAGGCUUUGAUGACUCUGUCCGGCUGGAAAUUGAGUCCAACAUUUGCAGGGAGGGUGGUCCACUCCCAAACUGUUUCACCACUCCAUUACGUCAGGCUUGGACCACCAUGGAAAAGGUCUUCUUGCCUGGCUUUCUCUCCAGCAACCUGUAUUACAAGUACUUGAACGAUUUGAUCCACUCAGUACGAGGGGAUGACUAUAGUUGGACUGGAGCAGGGAAUCAAGGCACUCCUAUCCAUGUGCCCUAUGCAGGCACAUCAGAGACCUCUUCCUCCCAGCCUAAUAUCAAAAAGAGCAAUGUAAAAAUUCUGAAAAAUUUUGAUGAAGCAAUAAUUGUCGAUGCUGCAAGCCUGGAUCCCGAGUCACUUUAUCAGCGAGCAUAUGCAGGAAAAAUGACUUUUGGGACAGUUAGUGACUUAGGUCAGUUCAUCCGUGAGUCUGAGCCGGAGCCAGAUGUGAAGAAAUCCAAAGGUUCAAUGUUCUCACAAGCUAUGAAAAAGUGGGUUCAAGGAAGCACUGAUGAGGCUCAAGAAGAAAUGGCUUGGAAGAUAGCAAAGAUGAUUGUUAAUGAUGUAAUGCAGCAGGCUCAAUGGAUUCCUCCAGCGGACAAAUGUACCAAGAUAUAAACAGUGACUUCUGGCUGCCAUUUUGCUUACUGUCUAUGAUGACCCUGAAUAUUCUACUGCACUUAUGGAUGCUGUGUUCAACUAGCCGGGCUGAAACAAAGCAAUUGAACUUCUAGUGGCCGAAUGACAGCAUUCCGGAACUAGGCAAAAAUACAUUAUAAAGCAAACUGAUGUUUUGUUUUUUCCUUCUUUUAAUAACCUGCCCUUGUGUAAUAUCUCUUGUACGUUACAGAUGUAUACAAAGCACUUGUUAAUAUGAAGGUGACAAAUAUAUGAAGUGUGAACGCAGACCGCCUGGUUUGUGAAUGAAGCUGCACAUACUCCAGGGAGGAUGCACUUUUUUUUUUUUUUUUUUAAUCAGGAAGAUAUGUGGAUUGUUCAUCUGCUAUUUCCAACAGCCAACUUUCAUAAUUUUAAUGGGAUCAAGUCUCUGUGUUACAUCUACACUUUGCAAGUGAUUCCCAGUUCAAAUGCUCACAUUGCUGCAAUGCUUCUGUUACAUGGAGGACAUGUGACUUGACCAUUUAGGUUUACAGUAAGCAAUGUGUUAAGCAUAUAUUUAACUCUAGGGACCUUUUACAGAGAACAUUUUUUUUUUCCCUCUGAUAACUACCUAAAUCAGUCCAUUCUUUAUCCAAAAAAUCUAUAUGGUGUCUGACGCCUACACCAAAAGACAGUGGGUGGUAGGCUAGGACAUUGCCAUAUAGACUUCUCUUUCUGCAUGCUCGUUCCUCCAGAGAUGCCAUCACAUGUUGCUGCAGUGUGAGUUGCUAUCCACUCUGGCUUGUUUAGUGCUUUACUUUUAGAUUAUGCAAAUGAGAGCAUUAGCUGCAACUGACUGAGAGGUUUCAUUGGCGGAAUAUCUAGAUUUUGUACAUUUUAUUUACUCUUUAAAGCAGUGCGUAAUCUUUUUCCCAAGAUCCACUUUGAUACAGUAGGUGAAACAUUUUUGUUUUGUUGCCCUAAAAGCCUGUUCUUGACCUGGCAAUAUUAUUACUGAGGUUGUCCACUUUUGGACACAUUUAAUCUGUUUGUUUGUACAUACCACCUGCUACUUUCAUGAAAUUCUAGUCUUGGCAAUGCUCUGUUUGCUAGGAAUGGACCACCCUAAAUUCAAAACUAAAGUCCCCCAUAUAUUUGGCAAUAGAUUGUCACAGUUCCCUGAUCCUGGCCUGAACAUGAUCGGGAUCAGAAAAUCUGGGAUUUUUAACAUUAAAAAUGUUCCAGAUUAUCUGAUGAAUCAAUGAUAACUGAUUAUUAGCAAUUCUAUUUGGAGAAAUGCCAGUUAGUUGUAUGGGCACCUUAACUCUUGGCUCCAGGAAUCCCAUACACCAAAUAAGUUCCACACCGAUGCUCUAGUUUCAGCUAAUUUUUACAAACUAUUGCCCUUAUUUAUCAAUGAGUGAUACAUUUCACUGUGAGUGAUAAAUUGCACCAGCCAAUCUGCUCCUAACUCAUUUUUCAAACCCAGCCUGUGACAUGCAAGUUAGGAGCUGAUUGGCUAGUGCAAUUUAUCACAGUGAAAUUUAUCACUCAUUGAUAAAUAAGGGCAUUUGUACCCAGAAGUACAAAACUUUUUUUUUUCUCUAAGUUUUAUUGUCCACUUUAAAAGUAUAAAUGUGGUCUAUUUGAUGUAUUGUCUAACCGAUGUUAAAUUGUAUAUAAAGGGUGGCCUGAUUUUACAUCUAAUUUUAAAAUGUUAAGUUACCAGAAAGAGGAGCGACUACAAAACUGUCCUUUACUAACAGCCCAAAGCAGUGCUUCAAGUGGUGGGUGUACCCUAAAUUCAGAAGAGCGCUAGUUAGACCAGUAGUUCCCUAUCCUCGGUCCUCAAGUACCCCCAACAGUUCACAUUUUCCAGGUCUCCUCACAGGAUUGCAAGUGAAAUAAUUAGCUCUACCUGUGGGUCUUUGCACCUGCUCGGUGACCUGGAAAACACGAACGGUUGGGAGUACUUGAGGACUGAGUGUGGGAACCACUACAUUAGACACAGACUCGUUUUUCACUCAUUCUUGUUUCACUGCUGUUUUUUUUUUUUUUUUUUUAAUGUUCUAUAACCUUAUUUAACCAUUAGUAUAUGAACUCCUAUACACGCAUGGCUGAAAAGCAUAGAGGAAGCUGCAAAACAAUUGAAUUACUAAACAUUGGUGGAGACAUGUACAAACCAAUACAUUAAAUGUGUCUUAUGGUAUGAAACUACUUGCAUUUGUGCAAUAGUUUGUAUUGAAAUUAGAAGGCUAGAACAAUAAUGCAUGGACCUGUUUGGUCUUAAGCUCCAUUUAAUUGCAGACUUUGACGUGUCUGCUGAUCUACAGUAAAAUUCUCUGUUUAAAUGCCAGCAGUGAGCUGCUUAUUCCUUCAGAGUUGCUUUGAGUGUUGUCUGGACUGACGUUGUGACCUCUGCACAGAUAACAGCCUACAUGCAUCAGGUAUGGGCACACUGUACAUACGUGUGGAUUCACAUGAAUACCAAGAAUUACUAUAUUUUACCCUUACGCUGCAAUUCCAUUUUGGAAAACUUAAUUCAAAUCCGAGAACUAUAACAGUUUGGAAUCCGUUUUUGUCAAUAGUGGACAUUCAAGUACUGUUAAUGGACCUUGCAGAAGUACUGGGAGCACAUGGCACUGUAUUGGACAUAAUUACGUUUCAGGGCAUAAGCAUUGAUCUUCAUGCAACACUCCGUUACACUGCAUUAGUUUUAUUAGUGACAAUACUCGUUCUCGAGAAUGCAACUCGGGGAGCUCGUUCCUUGUUUGUAUGUUUUUAUAGGCUUUCUUUUUCUCCGCUACCCUCUCAAAAAUCACGUUGUCAUAUUAUAAAAUGUUUCCAGAGAUGGGGACAGCAUUGAUUAUCUAGAUAACCUAUUCCAGCUGCAAUUGUGGAAGAAAUAACACCCUAUGUAUUGUCUGGUAAUAUAUAAAAGGAGGCUCUGUAUAGCUGUUUUUGGUACUAUGUACCUAUUCCAAGACCUUCUCAUGCCCAAGUAUUCCUGUACUUAAUUACUCGUCUAUUUAAAUGUGUUAAAUUGAAAAUAUAUAAGAGAAAUUAUUAAAAGUGUUGUCUAUCCUUUUCA